CAGUCCCCCGCUGCCCCACCCCUGGGGCCCCGACCUCACAGUCCUGCCGGUGCCCCUCAAUCCUGACUUGCAGCCCCCCGCUGCCCCACCCCUGGGGCCCCCACCUCACAGCCCUGCCGGUGCCCCUCAAUCCCGAUCUGCAGCCCCUGUUGCCCACCCCUGGGGCCCAUUCCCCUGCCCCACAGCCUUGGAGUCGGAGCGGGAGGCGAGACGGGCCAGUGGAGUUUCAGGUGCCCCAGAGAGACGCGGGGGAGACCUGCCCAUGCCCUUCCCCAGCUCUCUGUCCCCCCGGCUGCCCCACUCCUGGCCCCCUCCAGGGGCUGAGCCCGCCCCACAGCCCCCCCCCGUCUCCCCCCGGGGGCGGCGGGGUCUCAGGCCGGGGACUCCAUGUCCCAGGUGCUCCCUGCGCUGCUCUCCCGCCCCCCUUGGAUGGGGGAGGGGCCCCUUGUGCCCAAGCUGCGCUGCCCCCCCGCGGCCCGGCCCCUCCCCCCGGGGCUGCAGCCGAGAGACCUUCCCGGCGCCGCCGAGUCAAGGGCGGACGCCGCGAUCCAGCCCCGGCCCCGGCCCCGGAGCGCCCCAUGAACUGGGGUCAGAACCCAUCUCUGUGUGUUGGGUGCCCGUGGCCUGGUCUAUUCUCCCCCUGCAGGAGCCCCUCCAGCAGUGGGGUGAAGAGGUGGAAGACGGGGCCAUCUACAGCGUCACCCUGCAGCGGGUGAGGGCGGAGCCUGCAGCCAACGGGGGACCCUGCCCGCUGGCUGGAGUUGAGCCCCCCUGCCCCUUCGUGCUGUACCGCACCUGCAAGCUGCGCCGGCUCCGCGCCGGGACCUUGCCCCAGCUGGUGAGAGCCCUGGUCUCCGCCAGUGCAGAGAGCGACCCUGGCUACCGCCCCAGCUUCCUGGCCACCUACCGCGCCUUCGCCACCCCCGGCCGCGUGCUGGAGCUGCUGCUGCCGCUGGGCCCCGACAGGGCUGUGCUGCAGGUGCUGGAGCUCUGGCUGCGUCAUCACCCCCAGGAUUUCCGGGAGCCCCCCCAGCACCCCAGCCUGCGCCAGCUCCACAGCUACCUGCGCCAGGCAGCCCCGGGCUCGGAGGGGUGUGCGCGGGCCGAAGGGCUACUGCAGAGCUUUCAGGAGGAGCCGGGAGAUGAACAGGCGGAGCCUGAGAGCUGUGAAUCCCCUGGGGCUGGUCCACUGGCGUUGGAGGGUGAGGGGGGGCCAGAGGGCUGCGGGGAGCCCCCCGAUCUCCUGUCGUUCAGUGCGGAGGAGGUGGCCGAGCAGCUGACGCUAAUGGACAUAGAGCUGUUCACGCAGGUGCAGCCCUUCCACUGCCUGGGCUGUGUGUGGUCGCAGAGGGACCGCAAGGUGGGCGAGGGGGCAGCGCCCAGCGUCCGCGCCACCGUGGCCCAGUUCAACGCCGUCACUGGCUGCGUCAUCGCCUCGGUGCUGGGUGACGUGCAGCUCCGUGCGCAGCAGAGAGCCCGGCUGCUAGAGAAGUGGGUCGCCAUUGCCCAGCACUGCUACGUUCUGCGUAACUUCUCCUCCCUGCGAGCUGUGAUCUCCGCCCUGCAGUCCAGCCCUGUGCACCGGCUCAAGAGGACCUGGGCUGCCGUGAGCCGGGACACCAUGGGCGUCUUCUGGAAGCUCUCGCAGAUCUUCUCCGACGACAAGAACCAUCUGAGCUGCCGGGAAAUCCUGCUGCAGGGCGACGCUGCCCAGGGAGUCCCCGAGGGAGCCCCCAGCCCCCGCGUCGCCCGCAAAGCGACUCCGAAACUGAAUCCCCCGGAGAAGCCAGUGGCGCCACCCCCGGGCACUGUACCGUACCUUGGCACCUUCUUGACGGAUCUGGUGAUGCUGGACACGGCGUUGCCGGAUUUCCUGGAGGGUGGGCUCAUCAACUUUGAAAAGAGGCGGAAGGAGGCAGAGAUCCUGUUGCAGAUCCAGCAGCUGCAGGCGUCGUGCGGGGGCCACGCCCUGCACCCCAACCCAGCCGUACUGGCCGCCUUUCAGCGCCACGCCCGGCUCUCUGAGGAGCAGAGCUACCGGGUCUCCCGGCUCAUCGAGCCCCCGGCCGACUCCUGCCCCAACUCACCCCGCGUCAAACGCAGCCUCAGCAAACGCUUCAGCUCGCUCUUGCUGGGGGCCGAGGCCCUGCCUCCCCGUCUGCCCUCCGCAAAGGGCAGCAUCUCGCCCUCGGGCACCGGCAGCAGCUGCGAAGCCGAUGAGGGGCCCAGUUCCCCCUGCUCCCCGGAGAUGGGGGGGUCCCUCGGCAAGAGCCUGCUGGAGCUGCCGUUCAGCACCUGCCCCCCCGAGGAGCCGCCCUCCCCCCUCGCCCGCCGCCCCUGCUCGCCCCUCUACAACCAGCAGGGGGCGGACUCGUGCAUCGUGCGGGUCAGCAUGGACAACGCCCACGGCAACCUCUACAAGAGCAUCCUGUUGACCAGCCAGGACAAGACCCCAGCCGUGGUGCUGCGCGCCCUCCAGAAACACAGCCUGGAAGGGACCCCGCCUGGAGACUUCCAGCUCCUGCAACUGCUGGGGGGCGGCAGAGGUGGGGAAACUGAGGCACGGAGGGAUGCCGCGAUGGGCGCCUGCGCAGGGACUCAACAUCUCAGAUCCAGAUCAAAUGGCUCCUUUGAACUCCUGCCCGCCCCGCGGAGCGGAGCGCAGCCACAACCUGUAGCCAGAGAGCCCUGCCAGGCCAGACUUCUCAUCGCUCCGGUCCUCCCUGCCCCGAGCCAUGGACCCGCCGCGGAGCCACAUCGCUGCCCUCUGCACCCUGCUGGCCUGGGCCACCUGCACCACGCAGGAGGGAGCCGGCCCUGACAAUGGCUUCAACAUCCAAGCUGCCCUGCUUCUGGGUGAGGAGCCCCUGGACCCCAAAUGUUUCACGCGCUGCCUGGAGGACCUGACCUGCUUCUGGGAGAGCAGCAGC